GAGAGAAGAAGGGGGGAGGGUAAGACAGAGAGAGGGUAGGAGAAGGAGGGUGCUGUGUAUCUUUCCUGCAUCAGCUCCAACAUCACUGCCUUCGUCACCGGAAAACGACAAGGAAGAUCACAGAAUAGCAAAGCCUAAAGAGAAAGAAUACCAUUAGCAGCAACGACUCAUCUACCUACAUCAGCUACGGAUUCACAGAUCAGGUGGCCGCGUUUCCAUCCUCUUCAGCUUGAAGCAUCAAUCUCCCAGAAAGCGAGAGUGGUCUCCUGGGCAUGCCUUGAGAAGAGAGGACGGCAGCCAUCGCUCCAUUCUGUCAACAUGGGAAAUCAAGAGGCUAAACAAAAGAGAGCUGCACCUAUAUCGGGUAUUGGAAGCUACCCUUCAUUGGAUGAUGGGGGAAGGGAGGGAGGAGGGGAAUUGCUAAAAAAGGGGGGAAAGAAACUCUACGGCAAGCAGGGAGGUAAAGGAAAAAACUGCAGUGGCGGAGGAGGGAUACAUGACACAGGACCGGGCAAAAAAAGAAAUAAAUCCGAUUCCAAGUCCUCGGUUUUUUCCCUGCGAAAGAAAAAGACAAACCGCAAAGGGAAGGGUGGUACAUGCUCAUCAAUAACAGGCUCAAAUGAAGAUGAUUUGGCAUCUCAACAUGAUGAGCUGGACAGCACAAAAACACCUGACUUAUCAGCAGAUGAGUUAGGACAUUCGGAUUCUGAGGCUCCAUUUCCUAUUAAGAGAAAGAAACCAGAACUGGAAAGCAGGAAUAAAGAUGGAAGAGGAGAAGAAAAGUGCGAUGCAAUGGAAGUGCAAUGGAAAGCCUCAACAGCAGCACCCUCACCCACAGAAGAAGCAGGGCACAAGGGAGGUAGCUCAGGAUCGGACACAGAUAUCUAUAGCUUUCAUUCAGCAGCUGACCACGAGGAUUUACUCGCAGACAUCCAGCUUGCGAUUAGGCUACAACAUCAGCAGCAAUAUGAUGGGGAGAACACAAUCUCUGAGGCACAUGCUGAUGGAAGAAGGGGCCUGAACUCAAGAGCAGCAGAGGAAUGGAUCAGGAAGAGUAAUGGGAUAGAAAAAUUAACAUCUCAGGAGGUUCUUGACAUAACUCCAGAAUUGGAGGUGGCCUCUGAUGCUCUUUCUUUCCUAGAGACAGAAACUCCUUCUUGUUCUGUCAAUCCCACAGACCUGCCUCUUUUGUCAAGUAGAGAAACACACCUCUCCUUCCACACAGAGGUGAAUAGAAAGGGGGAAGUCCAGGAAGGGGUAGGGCCUCCAGAGUCAAGAGUAAAUUGUGCCUGUGUUGCUACAGGCACAAAAGUCAUGCAUGCAAACAUUUCCAUGGCUACUGAGGGUGCAGAAAUUAGCCCAAUCAUUAUGGCAACCAGCAAUGAUGGUUGCCCCAAUGUCUCAAGUGACAGUGAAGUUGUAUGUCCAGGAAAGCUAGAGGUAGCAGACCUGAGUCACCCCCCAGACAGCAACACUAAAAAUAUUGAACCUGCAGAGGGACUGAGCUCAGGGGCUGUGUUUGAUGAAGGUGACAGUCAGUUAGGUUCAGGUACAAGUGCAGAGUCCCUUGAGGACUGCCUCAUGGCUGGUUCCAAAUCCAACCAAAGUGCUGCUUCCUGUACCAGCGCUUCCCCUUCUAACCAGGACUGCAGCAGGGGUAGCAUCUGCUUUGUCACACUUCCCCCCCAGGGGACCCCAAAGUUGGCCAAGCAGCUUCUCAAGUCUACCCAAUCCUCCAACUUCUAUAGUCAUGUGGUGAAAUCCUACCCCCCUAUCUAUCCAUCCUACAUCAAGACCACUACGCGACAGCUCAGUACUCCUGGACAAUCCCCAGCUCUGUCUCCCUCCCAUAGCCCCUUGUCUCCCCGCAGAUCCCACCUUCACAACCGAAGGACAUUGGUUGGAGAACAUGAUAGUCACAGACAACGGUCUCUGAGCCUUACUGGGCCUCUAAGCCGUUCAGCUGAUUGGACAGAAGAACUUGAAAGGAGGCUAAGAAGCAGAGAAGUGGAUGGAGAAGGUUCAAGAGAGUAUCUGAUGGGCUACAGAGGAGGAGGUAGUCAACCUAUCUGUACCAGAAGAUCCUCAUGUGGACAGGUCUCCCUCUGUGCUUUUCAGGACGUCUUCACAGGUCAAACGUUACUUGAGAAAUUGUUCCUGCAGCAGCAGCAUGAGGAGCCAGAGGAGGCUGAACGGCUCUGCUCUAAGAUCUUGGCCAUGGGACUCCUGCUUCCUUUCACAGACUGCUUCAGAGAACAGCUAGGGGGCAGCAUGGCUCAGAUCCCCUCCACUGGAUUAGCCAAAUUUGAGCAUGACCAGCUGUAUACUUGGGCCACGGUCAACCAGCCACCUCACUCGCUGGAUCUUCUUGAAGGGAAACUCAUAGGUCAAAUCAAGAGCCAGUGGUCUCCCAUAAGGCUGGGUGGAGAAAACCGAACUGGACUUAAAUCUAUGGAUACAGAUCCCUAUGAAGCUGUCUCUACAUCAAGCAAACAAGAAAAAAAGGAGAGUUCAGAGGAGGACUGUGUGUUGCCCUCAAAACUGAAGGAAAAACAUAUUAAUGUCAUCCAGCAGCUUGAACAAACUAUAGAAGACCUCAGGACUAAGAUUGCAGAGCUGGAAAGUCAGCCCACUUUUCUGGAGGAGAAGGGUGUAAGAACCAACACUUCCACAACUGUGAGAGAGUUUGGAGUAGCGGAGGUAUUACCGAGGGCUCUUUGUGAUGCUCAUCUGCAAACGGAGGCAUCUCUGGGAUCCCAGGAGGUCAAGUCAGUGCAGACCUCGCCAGUGGAUGACAGCUUCAGGCUCAAUGUGCCUUGUAGAGAGCUGAAUGGAGUAUUUCUACAGCCUGCAUCCAAACAUGAUUGUUCAUGUCAACUAGAUCUUCCUGAGUCACCUACUCUGCCUCAGGUUGAAGCAGUAAGGCUUCACUCGGGCCUGAAAGUGGUUGCACCUCCUCCUCCUCCUCCUCUACCCUUACUUGGUUCAAAAUUUUCUUCUGCUCCUCUUCCGCCACCUCUACUCAGUGGCCUAGCUACACCCCCUCCUCCUGUACCAACACUUACAGGCCCUCCCUAUCCUCCCCCUGCCCCUCCUCCUCCUCCUUUACCAGGCCUUCCAAGCCCUCCCCCUCCACCACCUCCUCCCCCCCCUUUACCAGGCAUUGCCGGCCCUCUCCCUCCACCCCCUCCUCAUCCUUUACCAGGCCUCCCAGGACCUCCCCCCCCACCCCCACCACCUCCUCCCCCUCCCCCCCCACCACCGCCUCUCCCUCCUUUACCAGGCCUUCCAGGCCCUCCCCCUCCACCCCCUGCUCCUCCUUUACCCGGCCUUCCAGGCCCUCCCCCUCCACCCCCUCCUCCAGGGUGUGGGCAACCUCCCCCUCCGCCACCUCCCCCACCAGGAACAAUUGGUUUUCCCUCAAGUCUUCCAAAGGCAAUGGGUUGCCUACCCCCACCAUUGCCACUUGGUCUGUACUCUCUGGCUUUAACUCAAGAAAAACCAGCCAGAAAACCUGCAGUGGAGCCACCCAGGCCAAUGAAGCCCCUUUAUUGGACCAGGAUCCAGCUUCACAGUAAAAGGGAUGUUCCUUCUUCACUUGUGUGGGAGAUAGUUGAAGAACCUGAUGUGGACUUUGAUGAGUUUGUGGCGCUGUUUUCGAAAACAGCAGUUAAAGAAAAGAAGCAGCCACUCUCUGACACCAUAACAAAAUCCAAGGCAAAACAGGUUGUGAAGCUCCUUAACAAUAAGCGCUCACAGGCUGUUGGGAUCUUAAUGUCUUCCCUGCACCUCGACAUGAAAGAUAUCCAGCAUGCCGUCUUAAACUUGGACAACAAUGUGGUGGACAUGGAGACCCUUCAAGCGCUUUAUGAAAAUAGAGCGCAACAGGACGAACUGGACAAAAUCGAAAAGCACAUAAAAUCCUCUAAAGACAAAGAGAAUGCUAAGCCUCUGGAUAAACCUGAACAAUUUCUCUACCAGCUAUCCCUGAUACCAGACUUCUCCAGCAGAGUCUUCUGCAUUCUCUUUCAGUCCAGUUUCUCUGAGUGCAUGUCAUCAAUCACAAAAAAGAUUAAUACACUGCAAAGGGUAUGCAAGGUUCUGCAAGACAAUGCUCAUGUAAAGAAGAUUCUGGGUCUGGUUCUGGCUUUUGGUAAUUUCAUGAAUGGAGGGAAUCGAACUAGAGGUCAAGCUGACGGCUUCACUCUUGAAAUCUUGCCAAAACUCAAAGAUGUCAAGAGCAAUGACGGUGAAAAAAGUCUUCUGUCAUACAUAGUAGCCUACUACCUCAGACACUUUGAUGAGGAUGCUGGGAAGGAGACAUCUGUGUUUCCUCUUCCUGAGCCUCAUGACCUCUUCCAGGUUUCACAGAUGAAGUUUGAGGAUUUUCAGAAGGACUUGAUUCGGCUCCGGAAGGACCUCAGAGCAUGUACAUCUGAAGUGGAAAAGGUGUGCAAGGUGUCGGACGAGGAUAACUUGCAGCCUUUUAAAGAGACGAUGGAGGAGUUUCUUGCCCAAGCUAAAAGUGAAGUGGAGACACUGGAUGCUCAGCUCAGCAGCACUCAGAAACUGUUCCUAGAGCUCACAAUGUUCUUUUCAGUGAAGCCCAAAGCGGGAGAAAAGGAGGUUUCCCCCAACACUUUAUUUUCAACCUGGCAUGAGUUCUCCUCCGAUUUCAAGGACCAGUGGAAAAAAGAGAACAAAACUAUUCUGAAGGAAAGGUUAAAAGCAGCAGAAGAGUGUUUCAGACAAGCCAAGGAGAAGACUUCCUACAGUGUUAAACCAAAACACGCAUCUGGUAUUAAAGCCAAGCUAGGCAUGAAGAUAUAACAAUAUUCAACCUGAUCACGGGGAUGGAACACGAGGAAAGUGGAUAGCAGCAAGAUGGAAUACUGAACCCACUAUGGACAUCAUAUUUGAUUGCUUUGCUCUGUUUCUGCAGUUUGAUCACUUUUGUCAUGUCAGCCAGUGUUGUUUUAUGAUGCUGGAAUCAAAGACUGUCCAAAACUGAUUUAUUUUUUUCUGUCCAAUAUAUAAAAUAAACAGUAUAGAUCAGUCCAAAUAUAAACAUGCAGUCCAAGCAAUAGCUCUGUGGAUAUCAAAUUUACAAUAUUUCUUAUAAAAUGUUAACUAUUCCCAUUAUUAUAAAUUAAGUGCAGAGAUAAAAAGUUGAGCACUUAACGUCAUUAAGAUAACUGUUCUGUUGGGUGUAAAGGCAAUAACAGCCACCUGUUCAGAAUCGUUGUGGAAAGGCUUACAGUUCAAUGGUCUAGUGUUGUAUGUAUCUGUAUAUGUCUAAGUUUUUUGUUUUACUGAAGAGGGCAAAAAAGUUAUUUAAAAUUUUCCUUGGUUUUAUAUAUACUAUUUCAGGUCUCCUCAAGGUUGGGUUGGGAAUCAAGUCUGACUAAUGACUGACUUCUCUCUGCUCUCGUUCAGUGGUAUGCUACUACCUACCUUACUACACUUAUCUAUACUGUCUAUUAAGGCACACCAUCUUCUACCACAACUUUAAUUUGGUUUAAUUUGGAUUAAAUUUUUUUUUCUAGGAGAGCUUUAUUCAGUCCAAUCAUACAAUCAAAUUUCAAAUUAAUCCAUUACAAUUGAUCAUAGUUAUUAAACGAUGCAGUCAAGUUCAGUUUUUUAUUCAAAUGGUUCAAAAGUUCUAGAUUUAAGGAAACCUAGCAGAUUACAUUAAGUUGCUGAAUUGCAGUAUACACCCCUAAUAGCAAAACAGAGUCUCUGAAAACCUUUAAAUAUUUAUACAAGAUGAAAAAAAGACAGCCCAUACUAGACUUGUUUAUGACAUACCCCCAACACAAGUGUAUUACGCCAUCUCACAUUGAAUAUGGUUCAAGUAUGGGACAGAUAUGUUGCAGGCGCUGCAAGGAACCCAAAUCAUUCAAAUUAACUUGUACACUCACAUUAGCCAUGGUGAGGGUACGGGUCUGGUGACCGAGACGCUGCAGACAAUUUUGUAAGGUUUUGAUUUUUGUCGGACAGCACAGCCGUCCUGUAUCAAGCUCAGGAAUUUCACUGGCCAAAUGGGAAAAGGAAAACCACACAGGAGAACAUUUGGGUGAAUUUUGGAAUAAAAUUAAGGAAACAGGGAGGCUGUUGGAGCAUGAAAUAUGAUAUCUACACACAUGGAUGAUGAAUUUUGCCCUACAAAUCGAAAACCAUUGCUGUUUUUUAUUGAUUUAUGAGGGAUAGCAACAGAAAGGACCAUGUGAACUCCUGUUCUCAUGAGUGCAGUUUCUGCAGCCAGAGCUGACCGUUGUUUCCCUAGAAAGCAGCAUUAGUGGGGGGUUGCGGAAAGCUGCCUUGGGUCAGGACCGUAACCUGGACUGUAUUCAGUAGUCACAUUUCUAUCGCAUUUCUUUAAAGUGCAUUUUGAAUUAUUGCAUUAGAAGGGGUUGAUAUGAAGGGUAAAAAUGUAACUCAUUACAUUCGCAAACAUUUUUUUGUGCUUGCUUGAGGUGGUUUUUGACUUAAAAAAACACUAAAUGCGCUAAAGAGGGCAUGGAAAUACAUUUGUCAAAUCAGUUCUGAUUUUACAUUUGCCACACAUGUCUAAUCAGUUGUUGCAGGCGUCUUUCUGGAUAUUCCCAUAACGCUUGAAAGCAUGUCUGGAAGCAACAACAGGUAUGUGUGGACCGACGAAGAGACGCGAUCAUCCAUAAAAAUAAAA